CUUCGAGAUUCAAGAUGGAGUCGUUGAGUCGAGCUGGGCAGGAGAUGAGUCUAGCGGCUUUGAAGCAACACGACCCCUACAUCACCAGCAUCGCAGACCUCACGGGCCAGGUCGCUCUGUACACCUUCUGCCCCAAGGCCAACCAGUGGGAGAAGACCGAUAUAGAAGGGACCUUAUUUGUAUAUCGAAGGUCAGCUUCACCCUACCAUGGUUUUACCAUUGUAAAUCGACUGAAUAUGCACAAUCUAGUUGAACCAGUGAAUAAAGAUUUGGAAUUUCAGCUCCAUGAACCAUUUCUUCUGUAUAGAAAUGCCAGCUUAUCAAUAUACAGUAUCUGGUUUUAUGACAAGAAUGACUGUCACCGCAUAGCAAAGCUCAUGGCUGAUGUGGUAGAAGAAGAGACACGGCGAUCCCAGCAAGCUGCCCGAGAUAAGCAGAGCCCCAGCCAGGCCAAUGGCUGCAGUGACCACAGGCCUAUCGACAUCCUGGAAAUGCUGAGCAGAGCCAAGGAUGAGUACGAGAGGUCCGCUCCCUCUGGACAUAAACAUCUGACAGUGGAAGAACUGUUUGGAACCUCUUUGCCGAAAGAACCACCAGCAGUUCUGGGUGUGGAUUCCGAGGAAAUAGAGAAGCUCCCAGGAGAUGCCUCCCAGAAAGAGGCCAGCUCGUUCCUGCCACUUCCCUUUGAACCUUCCGGAGAAGCCGCUCCGCUGGAAAGCCUGGGUGUCCGCUCCGCGGCACACCACACAGUCCAGCCCGAAGUCUCCACCGCAGUGCUCAUCACCCCAGCUUCAAUCACGCAGUCCGGUGAAAGGCAUGCCCCAAGCUACACGAUCCCGCUGAGCCCAGUUCUCAGCCCCACUCUGCCGCCUGAAGCUGCUACCACGCAGGUUGCCCCUGGUUUACCUCGAAAUAGCACCAUGAUGCCCGCAGUAAAAACCACACCUAGGCAGAGGUCUCCACUCUUGAACCAGCCAGUCCCAGAGCUCAGCCACAGUGGUCUCGUUGCCAGCCAGAGCCCCUUCAGAGCCCCACUGAGUAUGACGAACGCAGCGGGCGCAUCCCUUCCGAGCAUGGAUCUACUCCAGAAACUCAGGUUGACCCCACAGCACGACCAAACACAGACACAGAAUCUCGGGAAAGGCACGGGAGCACCCAGCUUUCCUCCAGCAGGCGGCCAGCUGGCCACGCCCGAGAGCUUCAUCGAGCUUCCCUCAAAGACAGCAGUAGCCAGAGCAGUGGCCUCAGCCUCCCUGAGCAACAUGGUGCUCGCUCCCCUUCAGUCUAUGCAGCAAAACCAAGAUCCUGAAGUAUUUGCCCAGCCUAAGGUGUUACCCAGUGCUAUCUCGGUUGCAGGCCCUCCGUUAGUUACUGCGACAACCACAGCAGUGUCUUCAGUCCUGCUGUCCCCAAGUGUUUUCCAGCAGACUGUUCCAAGGUCCACAGACCUUGAGAGGAAAGCAAGUUCCCCUUCUCCCCUCACCAUUGGAACACCAGAAGAUCAGAGAAAGCCUUCCAUUAUUCUCAGCAAGUCUCAGCUCCAGGAUACACUGAUACAUCUAAUAAAGAAUGAUUCCAGCUUUCUCAGUACACUUCACAACGUUUACCUGCAGGUUCUGACAAAGAACAAAGACAACCACAAUCUAUGACUGGGGUGGAAUAAAUCUGAAGGCAGAGAGAGGGUCAACCUCAAAAACCAAUAGGCUUCACCAUGGAAACUUCUUUCUAAAUGGAACAUGGAGUUGUGAGAAUUUUGAAGUUGAGCCUGUGAGCAAGAGACUCAGUCCUGAAGAAUGUUUCCAAGUGACAUUUCUCAGUGAUAGCAGAGAUUUCACUGGGAAGCAUCACCAGCAGACUUUUAUUUUGAGAAAACAACAAAAAGAUCAUUGUGUUAAGUUUUAUGGGUGUUUUCAUCAUGUGAUGAAUGUGUGAAAUAGGGCGUCUGGUUUUCAGCUUACUUUUCAAGGACUUAGGGAGGAGUAGCCACCAGCCUUGCAGCGCAGCUCAGCCUGCACCCCUCCCUCCCACCCACCCACUAGACGUGUCAUAGAUGCUGACCAGAGUAGAAAUCAGUUCUAAAAGUAGCUUUGAGUUUUAAAGAAUCAGCAGUUAAGUUGAUACAUUAGGAAUUAUUUGUUCAAGUGAAGUGUAUUUUAUAUAUGUGGCCCCACUUGGGCCUUUGAGAUUCUGGAAUUCCUCAGCAUUUUGUUUCUUCGAUGGCCCUGCUCGUGCUGUGUAGCAGGCUCUAGUGCAGCAUUACAGCUCAGAGAGGGUCGUCCUGAGACCCGGGGCGAUAGCCUUGGAAAUCGGCUGGGGCUAGGAAUGUUCAAGUCCUACCAGAAAUGUUCAUUUUAAGUUAAACUUGCCAGUGGUUUUGAAAAUGUUAGUUUGGUGUGUAAAACACAGCCUUUUAUUUUCCUUUUCUGUCUAAACACAGUUAAAAGUCAUUGUUAAUUUUUUCUUUAACACUGACAAAAGAACUGGUGGACCAAUCUGGUAAAGCCAUUGUGGUUCCGUUCCUCAAGUGUACUGAGAACAGUUUUAAAGCUAUGCAGAAAAGGGAACUGUUGCUAUUCACACUGCCCUUACUUUGUUGUAGACUAUGGCAUUUAAAAGAAAGUAUGAGAUUGAGAACUUUACCCAUGUGUUCCUGGGCUGUGAGUACUUCUCCAGCCCAAAGUGUGAAAAUGUGUAAAGAUGCUUUGUUAUGCUGCUAUUGAUCUGCCAUGAUUUAUAUUUAUUCUUUUAUGGCAUGUGAUGUUUAGUAAUAUUUUAAUGUAGAUUUUGAUUUAUUUCAGCAAUAGUAAUUUUAAGAUGUCCUUUGGAUGAAGGUGUCUUCUUUUCUAUGACAUAGGUCGUUUUGUAGUAUUUAACCAGUUACGCUGCACUGCUUGCUUUUCUGAGCACUAUUUAAUGAUGGGGUAAAAACCCACUUGGCUCAACCAGCUCGCGUGAGCGUUAGCUGUGAAUAAUGCUGACAGAUGAGAUGGUUCCUUGAGAACAAUCAUUUAAGCUUUAAUGGUAACUCAAUCAUAAACCGGUAGGGGGUUUUCUAGCUGAAAUUUUAGGAAUCACCUGCGAAUUAUGUACUUACUUUAGUUUGGUCUUAUUUUUUUAGCAUAAAGGAUACUUCAUCUGGUUGGUUUCUGUUGAUCUUAAACAUGCUUCCUGGACAGUGUUUCUGCGCAACUUACUGUCUUCUCUUACUGUCUGCCUACUUUGUGUGAAUUCUGUAGAAUUCAGGGAAGCUUAUAAGUUUUCAUACUCAAGUAGGAGUAGUUUGUUUUCAAAGAUAGUGUUAUAAACUCAGCAACCAAAACUAAAUUGCUCAUGCAUCAUCUGAGAAAGACUUACAGGAAGAUAAAGUUAUGGUGAGACAAGGACUGUUGCUGACACCAGGAAACGGUGUGCAGAAAGCCACAUGGCUGUUUUCGUAAAAUGACUUUCCAGUAGGUUUGCUCGUGCCCCAGGUGUAGUCUCAGUGGGCUUUAGUAAUCAGGUGGAUCAAGGAUUCUCGUUGUAAUAGACAUUUGAAUUUAAAUGAUGCUUUUGAGUAUGUUUAAUAAUAUGAGAGAGUACCCUAAAGAGGGUCUAUAAUCAGUCUGUUAAUUUUCAUCCUUUAAUCCUAGGAAUGAAUACGAUGUACAGUGAAAGAAAAUCAGUGAUAAGGCUUCCUUAGUGUGAAAGUAAACUUCUAAGUGCCCAAGUCAUGGAAGCUUGAAAAGGGUAAACCUGGCUCCCUCCCGGGUUUCUAUAUUCAGUCCAUUUGCUUAAACUUCAGAAGCCCGAAGUUGUGGUCGUGAUCGCCAGGAAGUCCCGGCCAGAAUGCAUCCCAGAGAGCAGGCCCGGCCUGGGCGCGCAGGUGGUGAGCUGGGCCCGCCGCAGUCAGUUGCCUUACCGCUCGUGCGGGCUUCCCUCCAGAACCUCAUGCUAGCUUAGAUUGCACGUUCACGUUGCUGCCGUGUCCUCACUGGGAACUUCGUGGAAUGGAAAUGGACACCAAGAUGGACAUGCUGCUUACUAGCUUUCGCAGAACCCUGGGAGGCUUGCGUUUGGACCGCUAUGUCCCUCUGUCUGCGCACCCUUGUGCACCCCUGCCCCCUAACCGCUGCAGCCCAGAGCAGUAGCCCAGAGUACAGUAUGCGUAUGGCCUCACCAGUGGGUGGCGCUGCUCUUUAUGUUGUAGAAUGAUGUCUUUGAAUUGACACAGAAACCACACACACCUGUGUACCUCACGGCCGGCCUUACUCCUCUUUGAGCAUCUCUCCUGGGAUUUGCGAGUUGUGCACGUUGACCUGCUUCACCUUAGAUCCUAAGCUUGCAAGUGGCCAUCAGUAUCAGAAGCGUUCUGUGUGUGUGGAAUGUCCACAGCUUACCUUGAACAGAGUGGUGCUUUCUGUGCAGAAGUGGAGCCACUCUGGGCCCUUCGCUGCAGGAGGAUGCGCAGGCUGGCUUGGCACGUGUCGGCUACAUUGUGCAUGUCCAAGCAUUUGCGCUCUUUCCAGCCUGUGUUCUCUUGUAGAAGUUGUAAACCCCACCAAGUCCACUGUUAGGGAAAUAUUUUUAAACCAUUCAGCUUUAUUACUCUCCUACCCCAAAGAAUGUAGUUUGAAUUUUUCUUCUUUUGAUAGUAGAGGCCAUAACUGCCAUUCUAUUACUAAUAAUGCAACAUGAAAUUGGAGGUGCCUAACUGCUUAAAAAACAAAAUCAGCCAUCAUACUGUAACUUGGAGAGGACGAGGCGGCACGUGCCCACGUGAGCACCCAGCACCGCCAGGAGGACCGAGGCAGCACGGGCUAGGCCUGCGGCCUUGCUGCGAGCUCCCCGCAGAGCACGUUCCUUGCCUGCCUUCGCUUUUCUUCAGCUGUGUCUACAGUACCUUCUGGAAGCAGCAGCGCCCUGUGUUUUCAUUGCCCAAAAUGUUAAGAUCUGAGUAAAGCAAAGCAGCUUGCAGUAGGUUUUUAGAAGCUGUGUUUGAGAACACGUCCGUGAGGGCCAGGGCCUCAAGCAGCCUGGUUGUCAGCAGAUUUCAGCAGGAGAGAGGCGUGCAGUGUUUCCCUCAGAUCUGGAUUUCCCAUCUUUCUUGAACAUGCAGUAUCCAUCCCUUUGAAGUGGGAAAAAUGCAAAGUUGUGUUUCCCUCUUACCUGCGUGAAUCCUUAGGAAACGUGUUUUGAAACUGUUCUAAGUGAUCUUUGUAUGCGGUGUCACUGCUUGGCAGUUGGCUCUCCGCCGUCCCGCGUUCUCCGCUUCCUGCAGCGUGGGGUGAGAAGCCAGGAGCUACAGCAAGGGUGUGUGUUCUGUGGGCGCAACGCUGCAUCAUUAACAUUUUUAACGGUAUGGGUUUUAUACCAUCUGUGUGUGUUUGCAAAUAUUAAGUUAUUACAUGUUUUAAAAUGAGCAUUUUUCAUCUUAAAUUUUAUAUGUUUGCAAAUAUAUUUUUUUAAUAAAAUUUCAAAACCAAGUUUUAGCACCUACUAAAUGUUCCCUGUGUUUUUAUUCAAUUUGUAGACAUAGGAACUUUUAAGAUGGAUGUGGUAGUACACACCUGUAAUCCCAGCACUUGGCACUGAG